AUGACUUGUAUUAGUUGCAAAGUUAUGGAGUCAAUUAUUGAUAAUAGUUUAAAAAGGUACCUUCAACUUAAUAACUUUAUCUCUAUUUACCAAUUUGGGUUCUUAAAGCGUAGAUCUACAUGUACACAGAUGCUAGCUUCUUUUAAUGAAUGGACCUCAGCUGUUAACAAGAAAAAGGAAGUUGAUAUUAUCUAUAUUGACUUCAAAAAGGCAUUCGACUCUGUAUCGCAUUCUAAGUUAGUGUGCAAAAUGAAUUGUUACGGCAUUAAGUACGAACUUCUAAAUUGGAUUACCAACUUUUUAACUGACCAAUCCGAAUGUGUUUGCAUUGGUGAUUGUCGAAUAAAGCUGUUUGCUGACGAUAGCAAAUUGUACCAAACGAGAGACGAAAAUAACAAUCCUGAGCUUAAAAUAUCAUUAAAAAAGUUCUCUGAUUGGACAGCUUACUGGCAACAAUAA